AUGUCUGAACCCAUUAGAAAUAAGAAAGCAGAUUUUCCUGUUGCCCCGACGCCGCAAAACACUCCAGCUAAUAAUGCUCCUAUAUCGUCACACGCUCAACAACCUGGAAUUGCCAGCAUUAAGGAAGAGUCACUUGACCAUGCCGCGGCCGCUUCCCUAUUUGCGAGGAAUCCGGGGCUUGUUUCUAUGAUCCAAGGAAAGUUGGGAUCACUCGUUGGUCGCUCAUCUGGCUAUAUUGAGUCUUUACCUGCUCCUGUUCGUCGACGUGUUGCUGGUCUGAAAGGUAUCCAGAAAGACCAUGCUAAACUGGAAGCCCAGUUCCAGGAGGAAGUGUUGGAGCUUGAAAAGAAAUACUUUGCGAAGUUCACUCCUCUUUACCAGAGACGUGCCUCAAUAGUCAACGGGACUGCGGAACCAACUGAUAAUGAAGUCAAUGCGGGUCAGGGGGAUGAGGAGGAAGAGGUGGAUGUCAAGGGCGACGAAGAGUCUAAAAAGGAGGACAGUGCAGAAUCUUCAAUAGAUGGUAUACCAGAAUUUUGGCUUUCUGCCAUAAAGAACCAGAUUUCUCUGGCAGAAAUGGUAACUGAGCGAGACCAGGAAGCUCUGAAGUAUCUCACAGAUAUCAGGAUGGAAUACCUUGAUCGCCCAGGGUUCCGCCUUAUUUUUGAAUUUGCGGAGAACACGUUUUUCACCAAUAAGACUAUCUCAAAGACAUACUAUUACAAGGAAGAGAAUGGAUAUGGUGGUGAUUUCAUUUAUGAUCACGCUGAAGGCACCAAAAUUGAUUGGAAGGCUGACAAAGAUCUCACUGUUCGUGUUGAAAGCAAAAAGCAAAGAAAUAAAAAUACGAAGCAGACACGCGUUGUAAAAAUCACUGUGCCCGCGGAGUCAUUUUUCAAUUUUUUCUCUCCUCCUCAGCCUCCGACGGACGAUGAUGAUACUGUUACUACUGACAUUGAGGAGCGCCUUGAACUUGAUUAUCAACUUGGGGAAGAUAUCAAGGAAAAAUUGAUUCCUCGUGCAAUUGAUUGGUUUACUGGCGAGGCACUUCAAUUUGAAGAGUUGGGCGAUGAAAUGGAUCCGGACGAGUUCGAGGGCGAGGAUGACGAGGAUGACGAGGAUGAUGAUGAAGAAGAUGAUGAAGGGAAAUCAGACCAGGACGUGGAUGAUGAUUCCGAUGAAGAGGAUGGCACUUCCAAGCCAAAGAAAGAAGCGGCAGAAUGCAAACAAAGCUGA